AGUUAUGUCGUACGCGCCUAAGUACCUAGUUACUAGUCAGUUAAAUAGUGAUGAUAUUAUUAUUAUUUAUUAUUUAAAUUGUAUUGUGUACGUCUAGCUCACGAAUUAACAAACGUCAAGUUUGAUCGAGUUCAUCACAAUAAAUCGUAGGUAACCUGCGUUAGACUCAUGAAAUCUGUUCGUUUGUCCCGAGUGUAUCCAGUGGUCGCCGUCGGUGCCUGCCUGUAGCUGCUGGAGCAGCUUUUCGUCUUUUCACGAUCUCUCGUCUCUCACAGGAGCCUCAAGCCACAUUAUGUCGGACACGGAUUCCAUCAAAACCGAUAAAUCACAAUCAGAUUUGCAGCAAAAAUAUGAUAAAUUAGCUAUGGAGUUUGCCAAAGCGAGAAUGCAAUUGAAUGUCUUAAAAAAAGCUUAUACUGCAAAAACUUCUAAAUUGGAUCAUAGAAGUAUUGAGUCUCUGGACCAAUUUGAAAGCUGUAAAUAUGAUACAAUGUCUACAAGUAGCUUGGAAAUUCAAGACAAUUUUAACAAAACAAGUCAAGUAAAUUCUAAAGGAAAAGGAACAGACGAAUUAAAAUCUAAAGAUGUUCAGUUCUUAAAACAAGAUAUCAACUCUAUGCACCAAUAUAUACGACGUGUAUUAGAUUCCACAAAUUCAAGUCAACUUGAUUAUAACCUUAUUAUGUCAGAAAUUGAGUACUGUAAAGGCAUACAAAACAGUAGUCCGAAUAAUUGUUGUGAAGUACUCAAUGAUGAAUUGACAGCAUUAAAGUGUUCCGUUACCGAUUGCUUGUACAACAUAUUAUAUAAUAAACUUGAAUCUAGAACUAAAAUAAACACUGAAGAUUCUCGCCUCACUAAUCCUCAUCAUUAUUGUUUGGACAAUAACUAUAAAUCUGACGAAGACAGAUUACAAAAAGUUUUUGUUACAUUGGUUCUCCAUUUUUUUCUUUCUUUCAUUAUAAAUCUUAAUGAUGUCUUAGAAGAUUUGCUCAAAGAUAUUAAUUUAAAGGAUGCAUCACUUAUUUUACAAAGAAGUUUAAAAUCAUUAACAAACAAAUUACAUAGUAAUACCUUGGUAUUAGAAAAUAUUCUAACGUAUAGUGCUGAUUUAAAAACCUUUAAAUUUGAUACUCAGCACAUUGUUAUGGAAAAUAUUUUGCAAUUUAUAUCUGAGAAAUGUAUUGACUGUGUUAAUUCAAUUAAAGAUUUCAUAAAAUCAGAUAAUACUGUUCACAUUGAUUGCUCAUCUUUGCGUCAAAACAUAAUAUCAUUCAUGGCAUUAAAAUUUCCUAUUGGAGAGUUAGUUAACUCAGGUGAAUAUUUGAAUUCAACCAAUAUAAACAACAAAUUAGAUGGUGCUUAUGAUACAGUACACACUCUGUUACGUGCCAUAAAUUUAUUGGAGUUUGAAUAUUUGUAUAAAUUUAGCCAAAUGGAUAUGCAUUGGCAUAUGAGAAAUCCACUUUUACACGUAAAAUAUUCAAAACAAGCUAAAGAGGAAUUAAAUUCACCAUCAAUUUCUCAAAAUAGCUACAAAAGUAUAAUUCAGGUUUACAAUGAAAAAUUAAAUGAAGAGAUGAACAGAUCAUUAUCUUUUGAACAAGAAAAAAUCCAUUGGGAAAAUGAGUAUAAACUUCUAUGUAAAAAAAAGGAAAAUAUACCAUUUGCCUAUAAAGAUAAAAAUCCAGCAUCUUUGGAGUCAAUAGUAGUGGAAAAUGAUCUGGGCAAAUGUGAGUCGGUUUUACAGUUUAAUGACGAAGUAAUGGCUAGAGAAAAUGAACUCAAAUGUUAUUUUGAAAAAAAAAUUAACAAUUUAAUUUCGACAAAUAAAGAAUUAUCCAGUCAAAGCAAUGCAUAUGCUAUGGAGAUCACCGCAUUAAAAACACGAUUGGACCAUAGUAUAUUCGUUCGUAAUGAUCUGGAAAUAAAGUUACAUGAGGCAUCGGAACACAUUGAUGAUCUUAAAGAGGAAUUUCACUUGACAUCUACAAAUUAUGAGACUCAACUCAGAGCAAUGACCGAACAUUUGGCUAGUUUAAAUGAGACGGUUGUAUUAGAGCGGCGGCAUAUAGAUGAUCUUAAUAGCCAAUUAAAAAUGAAAGCAAGUAAAAAGAAGUCUUCCAAAUGAAUAUCAUCAGUAUUAAGUACAUUUAUAUAAUAUAUAUUAACUAUUUUAUUUUACAACAUAAUAUAUUAUUAUAAUUUAUUGAUAGUUUUGUAUGUUAUUUAAUUGUUCUCUUAUCAUAGUAUUUUGUAUAAA